UGUUUUUGCUAUUGGCUGUACAACAGCGCCCCCAUGGGUUCGGCAGCGUGUGGUGCAGGUUUUGUAAAAUGGCAGAGGGUGAAAGUUGAAAGGUGACGUCGUUGUUAUACGCCCAUUGUAAACAUGGCGGACACCGAGCCCCAGUCAGGUUCCUCCACUGAGGAUGACGCUGCGAACGCCCCAGCCACGUUCAGCUUCGUGGUGCCCAAGAAGGAGAUCAGCAUGGUCCCAGACAUGGGGAAGUGGAGACGAUCUCAAGCGUAUGCUGACUACAUGGGAUUCAUUUUGACACUGAAUGAAGGUGUGAAAAGAAAGAAGCUCACUUGUGAAUACAAAGUUUCAGAGACGGUGGAGAAGUUGUUAGAUCUUCUGGGCACCCUGGACCGAUGGAUAGACGAGACCCCUCCCGUCGAUCAGCCUUCACGCUUCGGGAACAAGGCCUACAGGACCUGGUACAGCAAACUGGAUCAGGAAGCAGAGGCCCUGGUUGCCACCGUGCUGCCAGAGAGCAGUGCUCCGGCGGCUCAGGAGAUUGCAGUGUACCUGAAAGAGGCGGUUGGGAAUGCCACCAGGAUAGACUACGGCACAGGUCAUGAGGCUGCGUUUGCCGCCUUCCUUUGCUGCCUCUGCAAGGUGGGGGCACUCCGGGUCGACGACCAGAUGGCCAUGGUCUUUAGAGUCUUCAACAGAUACCUGGAGGUGAUGAGGAAGCUGCAGAAGACCUACCGUAUGGAGCCGGCCGGGAGCCAGGGGGUGUGGGGUCUGGACGACUUCCAGUUCCUGCCCUUCAUAUGGGGCAGUGCCCAGCUAGUAGAUCACCCAACACUGGAACCCAGGCACUUUAUAGAAGACAAGGUGGUCAACGAACAUUAUCCCGACUACAUGUUCCUGGAGUGCAUUAAGUUCAUCAACGAGAUGAAGACGGGUCCGUUCGCAGAGCACUCCAAUCAGCUGUGGAACAUCAGCGCUGUCCCCAACUGGGCCAAGGUCAACCAGGGCCUGAUCAGAAUGUAUAAAGCUGAGUGCUUGGAGAAGUUCCCAGUGAUCCAGCACUUCAAAUUCGGUAGCCUUUUGUCCGUCCAGCCGGUGAAGCCUUGAUGGAGCCGGGGCGGGCCGCGGACAUUACAGCAAGACCAAAAGGACCAUCACUCUCAAGAGGACUGUUCUCCCCCCCAUCCAUUCUGCAUCCCAAUGCGACACGCGACCUAGAACCCCGCACAACGUGUCGCACACCCACCGCUGUAAGCCGUCGGUCCUCCCACAAUGCAAUUCUGGGCACCGGUCUUUAUUUCCGUGAGUGUGUGUGUGUGUGUGUGUGUUAAGCACACACGCACGCAUAGACAAGCUCAGUCGCUCAGAAUCACGAUUUGCUGUGCGUGAUUUUUUUUUUCACGAUGCAUAAGCGAGCGUACGAUGCGAUGUUGACAGGGGGAUCGCUUCCUUUUAAAGUGAGAAGAAGAUGUUUAUGGACUUUGUUUGACAUCAUUCUAGCUUCCCUGUGGUGUCUUUAUGUUUUUUUUUUGGGGUUUCCCGAUCCCAUUGUUUUCUAUCGUGAUUCUCUGUCUCAUUGAUGUUUGCUUAGGAUGGGUUUCUUGAUGCAAAGCAAUGUCUGCCAUUACAAGUAUUGAUUUGAGUGGGGAAAUACAUUAAGUUAUAAAUGAAGAAUCUGCACACAAUGGUCUUAAGUAAGCAAAAAACACGCAAUGGAAUCUAUUCCUUCAUUCAACACAUUUGCCAUGCAACUGCUGGAAGAAAAGAGACAUUGAAAAAGUGGUUUAAAAUCCGUUGAAACAAAACCAAAAUAACAACCAAUUAGACUUUUAACAAGUCUUUACCGAAAUGUUGGCUCAAAAUAGCUUAUUUGGUCGGUCGACAUGGACUUCAGAGUGACACUGUAUUUAUAACGUUGGUGUUUUAAACAAAAUGGCUUCACCUUUCCUCUCCCUCUCUGUCUAUUUUGAUUUAGUUUGAAAUACAUUUGUUUUAUUUUUAUUUUUCAUUUUACAAAUAAAAAAGGAGAAUAUUAUUGCAAGCA